UAAGAGCCUUGAAUAUCAAUUAGAUCUAUAUGGAAGAGGAAAGUUCCAUAAUCCAUACUUUGUUUAGUCCUUCGUCUCAGCUGCUGACCGUCACUCUCGAUCCGAGGGUAUUUGCCAAGAAAUCAUUCAUUUUUUCACUUAACCUUUGCAUCAACGCCAUGAAAGUCCGUUCUUCGGUGAAAAAGAUGUGCGAAUUUUGUAGGACAGUGAAGCGUAAAGGCCGGGUAUAUAUAUACUGCUCAUCUAAUCCCAAACACAAGCAACGCCAGGGCCUGUCUACAUUUGCAAGUGAAGGUCCUUCUCCUUCCUUGUUCUCAAGAACCGAGGUGAAGCAAGAGAUUCUUCCCAGUCAAAGUUUGCGAACAGGGCUGGCUUCUCUCAUCCCCCAAAAGAACGAGCCAACAAUGUUUCUUGGUUGGAGAAUGGGUCUGGCUUCAAUCCUGUUGAAGAAACACAAUUAGCUUAGUAGUAAACAAAAAGGAAGAAAGAAUAAUAGUUAUUGGUUUCUCUUUGACCUCUGGUUGGCAAUACCAGUAUUUUCAACUAGGAUUAUACUCCUAAAAAGAAAUAAGCACUGCUGCUCUGAGUUUUGUUCUGUUUGGGUUGGUUUUGAUAUUUAGAAUUGGAGGAAGUGAAGGUGUUACAUUGAAUAUCAUAAUUGUGUUGUUUUACUGAUCUGCUAGCCAUUUAUAAUGUUGUGAUUUUCAAUCCUUAA